AUGCUGGUUCUACCUGAUCUGGAGCACAUGGAAGGCGCUUUGGAUCAAAGGCUGCCGGAAUUGGAGGCCUUGGGUGGUGGCGCUGUGCCAUUGAACUUUCUGCACGUGGUGGUCGGACGCGAUGCCUUCCCUGCAGUGACAGACCGCACCCUGUUCUACAACACUGAUGCUGAGCUGAAGAAGGUACUGCAGCAGAGCCAGGAAGUCUUCGCGAAGAAAGCACAGCUUCUGAAACUUGCGGGUGUUGGCGAGAUUUGCUUGGUGCUGCCACAGCCACCUCGCCAUCCACGAUUCGCCAGAUUCAUGUUGGACGAGAUGGAAGAAUGGUCCGAGCAGGAGAUUGGUCGAGACAUGUGGCCUUCCUUCCAAGGCAUGUUGGAGCUUGGGUCUUUGAAGAGGAUUUACCAACUCCAGCGCAUUCACAAGGAGGUGCGCCCAACUUCCCACAUCUAUUUGGCCACACAGCCCAGUUUAGGUGGAAAGGCUCCGGCACCUGAAUUGCUGAUGCGUGCAUUGUACCUGUCCAAGAUCAACCCAGAGUCAUUGAGCUCAAAUCUCUCUGAUAGCUUGGACAUGGCCUUGGAUGAGAUUGAGCAUGCGCUGCUGGACCCUCAGGUCUCCAAGUUUGGACCUACCAUCACCAGUCGGAUCUUCUUGCACCUGGUGGCUGAGCUGGACAUGCCCAAAGCCCAGAUUCAACAGCUCUUUAUGGACACCAUCAGCAGCCAUGUGGGACAUCGUGGCUCUGACAUCAUCAAGCUUUAUGUGGACCAGAUUGAAGUGAAUCUUGGAUUUUGUCAAGAAUGGUUUGACGGUUCAACAAUUGCCCUUAUCACAGGAAAGUGCAUGUCCGAGACAACAGCUGCCUGGAGAUCUUGCGCUUUUCCUUCUCCUCGUUGCAUGGGGGGGUUCUUCAAGCCGAAGCUGCUGCGCGAGAUCCCAGACCCCGUGACCGGCUUCCCCUUGCGCUGGGAAGAUCACUCCGAUGGAGUCGUGGAUCAGUCGAGCUCCCAGAGCUACCAGGCCAAGCGGGUGGCAGCGCGUCGUGCUGGAUCAAGCUAUGCCUAUGACCUGCCGGGAAUGCUUCAACUAGCCUUGAGGAUGAAAUGGAUCUCAGCUCCUGAGGAGUCCAGAGCAAAGGGAUCUCAAGCGACUGGAACCCGCCGCCGAAGCCCCUCACCACGAGGCCGUACAGUGCCAUCAAAGGUGGAGAACAUGCCCAAAGAUGUCCUGAAAGCGAAGGAAUUGGUGAUGGAGUCUCGAUAG